GUAGUAACUUAACUCUUGGUUGACUUAAUUUAACAAUAAUUUAGAAACAGACGACACUUUUAACCAUGGCGAAUCGUACACCAUUUCCCAGCGUGCUUUGCACGAACCGGAAAUACAUCUCUCCGGGAAAGGACACCGCCGCGAACCUCUCAAGUGUUGUUAAACUUCGCAACGAGGCCAGCAAACAUGUCAGAGACCAUUGAGGACAAGAUCAAGAACUACAGGACUGCGCCCUUCGACGCCCGAUUCCCCAACACCAACCAGACCCGCAACUGCUUCCAGAACUACCUGGACUUCCACAGGUGCAACAAGGCCCUGUCGGCCAAAGACCAGGACAUAGCCCCCUGCGAGUGGUACCAGAAGGUCUACAAAAGCCUUUGUCCCAUUAACUGGGUUGAAAGAUGGGACGAGCAGAUAGAGAACGGAUCUUUCGCCGGGAAAAUAUGACUUAUUGUUAUCAUCAAUCAGGACUUUAGCAGGAUGUAUUUAGUUACUUUAAACAUAAUACCUCCCGCCAAGUCAUGUUAUUAACUUAACAACCUUUCAACCUGCAAGUAUCAAUGUGAUGUAUAGUCAACUGUCAAUAAAUACAGCACACACGUA